AUGACAUCAAUGGGGGAGCAUGGAACCAUAUCUCCUGACUACCGGUUCGAAGGCGCCAGACUCCGAAGCUUCACAAACUGGCCAUUGGCUCGUCCACAACCGAGACGCCUAGCUGCGGCCGGAUUCUAUUACACCGGGGUAAUAGACAGCACCAAAUGCUUCUUCUGUGGGAUAGAGAUAUGCAUGUGGGAAGGAGAAGAUAAUCCGUUGUCGGAACAUCAACGCUGGCAAGGGAAUAGUCGAUUCAUCCGCAAUCUCCCCAGUGGAAACAUACCACUGGAUGAAGAUUUCCUUAAUAUACCAGUGCCUCCAGAAGGCAGUCAACAUCUAAACAGAACUGGUAUAACGCAACGUACACAAAUGGCACACCCAAAUUAUUCUCUCUACCAAACAAGGCUGGAGUCUUUCAAGGAAUGGCCUCCGUCAAUGCCUCAGACAAAAGAGCGAUUAGCGGAAGCAGGAUUUUUCUAUACUGGUAUUAGUGAUCAAACACUUUGCUAUCAUUGUGGAGGGGGACUAAAGGAUUGGGAACCGGGAGAUGAUCCUUGGAGGCAACAUGCCAAGUGGUUCGAAAAUUGCUACUAUGUUCAACUAACGAAGGGACAAUCAUUCAUAGACAGUGUUGUUGGGAGACUGGUAGCAACACCAGUUCUGGGGGAGCUGACCGCGAUCGAGCUGCCCUCUUACUUGAGUCUAGUAACUCUUGCGAAGUUGCCUGAAUCAUUAAAUCAGGGGGAUGAAGAAGGAAAGGGACAUAAUAGAAACGCAGAAGAAAAGGAGGACAUGACGGUUGGAGCGGCCAAAGGACAUAUGAGAGAUGAAGAGGAAGAAGAACGCAAGAGGAAGGAAGGAAGUCGUGACGCUCGGGUCUGCAAAAUUUGCUACGAUGAAGAAUUAGGGGUCAUUUUCCUCCCCUGUGGGCAUGUCGUGGCGUGCGUCAAAUGUGCAUCCGCAAUAACGACGUGUGCAGUAUGUCGAGAGCCCAUCACCUUGACCGCCCGCGCUAUCCUGGCAUAA